AUGCUGUUCACGUGCAAGAGUGGCGGCGGUGUACAGGUGGACGCGCGUACGGGUGGACGCGCGUACGGGUGGACGCGCGUACGGGUGGACGCGCGUACGGGUGGACGCGCGUACGGGUGGACGCGCGUACGGGUGGACGCGCGUGGCGCGUGGAGGAGACGAGUCCACCCGCAUGCCUCCCCUCUUCCCUGCAGCCUUGUCCCGCAUCUGCCACUCACACGCGCUGCUCGCACCUGCCACUCACACGCGCCACUCGCACCUGUUGCGCUCACCUGCUCCGUGCAGUCGCGUGAGCGCAUCCCGCCCUGUCUCUCCCCCGCCCUGUCCCUCCCCCGCCCUGUCUCUCCCCCGCCCUCUCCCUCCCCCGCCCUGUCUCUCCCCCGCCCUGUCCCUCCCCCGCCCUCUCCCUCCCCCGCCCUGUCCCUCCCCCGCCCUGUCCCUCCCCCGCCCUGUCCCUCCCCCGCCCUGUCUCUCCCCCGCCCUGUCCCUCCCCCGCCCUGUCUCUCCCCCGCCCUGUCCCUCCCCCGCCCUGUCCCUCCCCCGCCCUGUCUCUCCCCCGCCCUGUCCCUCCCCCGCCCUGUCUCUCCCCCACCCUGUCCCUCCCCCGCCCUCUCCCUCCCCCGCCCUGUCUCUCCCCCGCCCUGUCUCUCCCCCGCCUGGUCCACCCUGUCCGCGCGCCCAUCUGCAGCUGCAUCGCCCGUGAGCGCCACUGCUGCUGCGCUCUUGCCGUAG